AUCACUUUUUGUCGGAAGAAGCAAAAUUCUCCAAUCGCUGACAGGUAAAGGCGAUCAGAUUCAGAGGUCAAAUGACGAAAAAGGCGGUGCUUAUUGGGAUCAAUUACCCAGGAACCAAGGCGGAGUUACGGGGCUGCGUCAACGAUGUUCGUCGUAUGCACAAAUGUCUCGUCGAACGGUACGGCUUCUCCGAGGAGGACAUCACCGUCCUCAUCGACACCGAUGAAUCCUCUACGCAGCCCACCGGCAAGAACAUCCGCCGUGCGCUUGCGGAUCUCGUCGGAUCUGCUGAUUCCGGCGACGUUCUCGUCGUUCAUUACAGUGGACACGGUACGAGGUUGCCCGCUGAGACUGGGGAAGACGAUGACACUGGCUACGACGAGUGUAUUGUUCCUUGCGAUAUGAAUCUCAUUACUGAUGAUGAUUUCAGGGAUCUUGUUGACCGAGUUCCUCAAGGCUGCAGAAUGACAAUCAUUUCAGAUUCUUGCCACAGUGGUGGCCUAAUCGAUGAAGCCAAGGAGCAGAUUGGAGAGAGCACUAAGAAGGAGGACGAGGAGGAAGAAGAAUCUUCUUCUUCUUCUUCAAGGUUUGGCUUCCGCAAAUUCUUGCGCAGCAAAGUGGAAGGCGCCAUUGAGUCUCGAGGGUUUCACAUUGGAGGGAGCAACAAGGAUGAAGCCGAGGCGGAAGAAAUCAUCCAGACUAAGGAGAUUGAACUAGACGACGGAGAAAGGGUUCAUGCCAAAGACAAAUCUCUUCCUCUGCAGACCCUUAUCGAUAUCCUCAAGCAGCAAACAGGAAAUGAUAAUAUCGAAGUUGGGAAAAUCAGGCCAAGUCUUUUUGAUGCCUUUGGCGAUGACUCCAGCCCUAAAGUGAAGAAGUUCAUGAAAGUGAUCUUAGGUAAGCUUCAGGCAGGAAAUGGAGAAGAAGGUGGGCUAAUGGGAAUGCUUGGAAAGUUGGCUUCAGGUUUUCUUGAGGGGAAGCUAAACGAUGAAGACUAUGUGAAACCCGCGAUGCAGACACAUGUUGGGAGCAAAGAAGAGGUUUAUGCCGGUGGAUCCAGAGGUUCUGUUCCGCUUCCAGACAGCGGGAUACUCAUCAGCGGUUGCCAAACUGAUCAGACCUCUGCGGAUGCGACUCCAGCAGGGAAACCGACUGAGGCUUACGGAGCCAUGAGCAAUGCGAUACAGAAGAUAUUGGAGGAGACAGACGGUGAGAUAUCAAACCGAGAAAUGGUUACGAGGGCAAGGAAGUCACUCAAGAAGCAAGGGUUUACGCAGCAGCCAGGUUUGUAUUGCCAUGAUGGCUAUGCAAAUGCUCCCUUUAUCUGUUAAAAACAGAGGUUUUAUUCCCUUUUUAUCUGUUAAAAACAGAGGAUUUAUUGAUGCUUUUCUUACAACGACCGUUGCUUGAUGAUUCUUCUGGUCGGGUAAUAAGCCUGCUUCUUUUACUAUUUGAGGGCAUUUGUGUAAUUUACAAGUUAUGUGUGUUGUGUUUUGCGAAACACUAAAAUUCUUCUUGUUUUAUUUGAGAACUAUGGGUUUGUGAUUUA